GCGAGAGUGGACCCAAACACAGACGGUUAGCAGACAACUAUCAAACAACGUCGGCCUGACAGCCAUCUAAAUUAACUAAUUAUCUUCAGCGACAACGAAAAAAUGUGACCAAGCGGGAAGGACACCUUGUUGGGGGACUGUCAGAAACACAUGACAACCAACUUUGGUUGUUGUGAGAGGCGCACCAUGGCAUCUCAGCCGAGUGUAUACAAUGAAGAAAGGAACCGCCUUCGCCUCCGUGCAUGGGAACAGAGGAACCAAGAAACAAGCGAAUCCCAAGAACUCAAUCCUGACAACGUUCCACUCUUUGGGGAACCAUACAAGAUAAACAAAGGGGAUGAGCUUUCCAAUCGAAUCCAGAGGAUGCUGGGCAGUUACGAAGAUGUGAAUAAUCCGUAUCCCUUUGCCAUUGAGCCUUUACCCAUUCCUUCUUGUGUAACCUUCUCUCAGUCAGAUCAGGGUCAGCCAAACACAGAUAAACCAACCAAACCUCCAUUCCACAACCCGGUCCAUAACAUGUCCAACCAAAGUCAGAAAGCUCCCCCCCUGAACGGUCUCUCCUCUCAGCCCCUGAGGAUGUCCACUAUGUCUUCUUCUCCUAACCACCAUGGACAUUUGUCCACUUUCUCAAAUGCGUCUUUGAAGAACAGUCAGCUAAGCCAGUCAGCAAAGACGAGUGAAGCCCACUCAGAUCUCAGGGAGCAUGACAGCCUUCCCCAGGAAAUCUCUUCUCAGUCUCCUGAUGCCAAGCCGCCACCCUUCCCACAUUCCAGUGACCAUGAUAACACUGACAUGGACACUAAGGACACCUUGGAUAGACAUCAGCUUCAAGCGUCCACAGAUCACCCCACUGAGUCUGCCGGCAUUACGGAUGUUUCCAUAGUUAACCUAAAACAGUCCCCCAAAGAUGUACCUCCGUCUCAAGCCAACAAGGGCAAUGCACUACCUUCCCAGACCUUCCCCUCACUCCCGACGUCAAAGCAGCCCAGUGUAGUCAUGACCCAGAAGCCAACAGCGUAUGUGCGGCCCAUGGAUGGUCAGGACCAGGUGGUCAAUGAGUCACCUGAGCUGAAGCCUUCACCAGAGCCGUAUGCACCUCUACCAGAGAUAAUCAACAAAUCUGAGCUGGGCAAAACAAAGAUACUGCCACAAUUUUUGGAGAUGAGGACAAGUGAAGUUCAGUGUGUUGAGGACAUCCUGAGGGAAAUGACCCGUUCAUGCCCCCCUCUUCUGACAGCUAUACGCACACCGAGCACAGAUGAACCACCCAAGUCCCCAUUUUUGGCCAAGGAAGCAGAGCAUGUCUCCUCAUGUCCAGGACAAAAAAACUAUGAGUCAUCUCCUGCAGAUCCAUCCCAGCUCAUACAGCAGAGCUCCUCAUCUUCAUUUGAAGCAGCGCAUUCCAGAGGGGUAGAGUCUGCCAGCUCCAGCGACUCAGAGAGUAGCUCAAGAUCAGGGUCGGACAGUGAAAGCACCAUUGAGGAGCCACUUCAGCCUCCACGGAGCAACUCUGUUAAAACUGAGUGUGAUGCUCCAGCAGUGGCCCAUAGUGAUUGGCAGUUGGGAAACUGGAUUCGGUCCAGCCAGCAGAACUCCAGCACUGAGAGUCAGAGCGGCGUUCAUGCCUCUGAGAGCCCUACUCACAAACAGCCACCGCCCAGUCAAAGCUCCAAGCUCUCACUCAGUGUAGAGGUGGCCGACUCCACCAGGGAAUCGAAACCUCAACUUUCUUCCCACAGGAAGAAGUUCACUGAUAGGCUUACAAAGCCCCAGCAGCACAGCGAAAGCCCCCACGACAACUAUAACCAUCAAAGUAACCAAGAAUCUAUCUCUGCAGAUUUAAACAGCUGCAGCAGCUCCAAGAAACUUUCAUGCAGCACGCACUCCUCAAAACCAGCGAAGGCAAACUACCCAGAUCGCACGGAAGCAGCUGUCAGCGUGAAGUGUGAGGAGGUCAAAGACCCCUGUUUUACAGAUAGACCCAAGGUAAAGACGAAAACAGGACGUAGCCAGAAGAGCAAGGACAGCAGGGACACUAAAAGGGACACUAAAAGGAUUUCUAAACACACUACACUUGACAAGCGGAAGGCCAGAUUGGAGCCUAAAGUCACAGUGGUCCUGUGUGAUCGUUGUCCAUCGUGUGGCGUGCGAUCUCCUAACCUCUGUUCCUGCCACACCCAAAGUUCUGCUCAGCCUGCUCAGCCUGACCAGCUGUCUCCUGCCCCACCGCUCAGGAUCAGUCGUACCGAACCAAAGUUAGAGACCAUCUGCCAGAAGGGCAAAAAGAUUCCUCACAAAACAAUCCACAAGCACUCAGAGAAGACUGGGCGGGCAGGCAAGAGUUCUUGGGACCACCACAGUCCUUGUAGAUCCCUGCUGGUGAAGAUUGAUCUAAGCUUGCUCUCAAGAGUCCCCCGGACCUCCGGCAAACAACAGGCGAUAGCCAGCAGUGCAAAAAGACAAGCGCUGGUCACAGAGCAAGAUAGAGGGGGCAGUGAUGCAUCUACAGCACACAAACUCACCAAAACCAGCAAAAAAAAGAGUAUAUCUCAAAAUGCUGAGGUAGAUAAUACAGCUCUUCCAAGGAAGAAACAAAGGCUGGAAAACAAGUAUACCUCAUCAACUCUUGCAUCUGUCAAACUGGAAUGUUCCAGCAAUUCAAUAGAGGAGCGUGAGAAAAUGAAGGCCAAGAAAAAUCCUGAUCAUCUACAGCAUCCUUUGACAUCCAAAGAUGCUGUUAAAGGCUCAAAGGUGCACAAACACAGUUCUGGGGAGACCCAGGAGUCCAGCAAGGAGGCUGUAAAGUCCAAAGACACCCGCAAGCACAAGAGUAGCAAUGGAAAACACACAGAGCACCCACACUUUGUAAAGAAGCCCCGCAAGAGUGGCCUCGCUGUCACAUCAUCUUCACAGCCCACCAGGGAAGCUUUGAGCAAAAGGCCAUUGCUCAGAUUUGAGGACAGGCAGUACCCUGUGAAGCAUUACAUAAAGGAGGCCAAAAAGCUGAAGCACAAAGCAGAUGCAGAAUCAGAUAAGCUCAGUAAAGCUUUCAGUUACCUGGAUGCAGCCAUGUACUUUGUUGAAAGCGGCAUUGCGAUGGAAAAAGAUCCACAGAUUUCAAUGUCAUCCUACACUAUGUUUGCAGAGACAGUGGAACUGCUCAAGUUUGUACUGAAACUCAAAAACUCAGUGGAUGCCUCUGCUACACCCUCAGAAAAGGACUUUUUAACCUUAUGUUUGAAGUGCCAGUCUCUCCUGCAGAUGGCCAUGUUUUGCCAAAAACACAAAACAGCGCUCAAGUAUUCAAAGACCCUCACUGAUCACUUCAGUAGCUCAAACCACGAUCCCUCAGGAGUAACAUCAAAAGUCACAGUCACUCCGUCCUACAGGCCCAACAUGCCGUCUCCAUUCAGCUCAAACAGCAGCUCAGGCGCCGGCUCCAGCCACAGGGGCGGCGGGUUGGUCGUGGACCCUGUUGGUGGCAUCGUGGCAGUUCCCCAGUCCAUUGGACAAGUGGCAGUCACAUACAUCAGCAUUACUACGUUAUUCUUGAGCGCUCAUGACAUCUGGGAGCAGGCGGAGGAUCUGGCACAAAAAGGCAGCGGUCUGCUGACAGAACUGGACGCAGUAAUGGGCCCAUUGAGUCUAACGUCGAGCAUGAGCUCUAUGGUCCGUUAUACAAGACAAGGCGUCCACUGGCUGAGGCUGGACAGCCAAAAGGUAAAAUGACCCAACGACCUGCUCCCGUCACUGAACACCUGCGAGACACCUUGGCCUUUACUUCACCUCUGCGUGUUUAACUCUGAUACUGACCUGGACUGUCGCUCAGUGCGAGUUUGCAUCACAUCACAUGGACGUUAAUGAGGUAGACAAAGAUCUCAUGUGACAAGUGUCCCUAAGGACAACACACUGAUUAUUGCACUUGCUUUUUUUUUUUUUUCCCCUCUCUCUCUCUUUCUCUGGCAGUUUUUAUGAACACGAGUUAGUUCUGCUGUACUGGACAUAUGUCUUUGUUACCUUCCUUUUCCUCUAUCGGCUGAUAUCAUGGAAUCGUUAGUGAAAUCAGGGAUGUUUAUGCAGGAGUGACCUUAAUUGAAUUGUGCCAUUUGGUGGCUUUAUAAGCGUCCCCAGCCUUAUCAUGUGGUUGUGGUUCAGGUUCAGACUCAGAUCUUAUUUAUAAUCACAACUUUUGUUAUUAAUGUUACUAUAAGGCACGAAAAUCAUUACUCAAAUGUAUCAGGAUUUUUUUUUUCUCUGAAAAAAGAGAGGAAGUACCUUUGUUUCAAUCUGAGAAGAUGGGAUUUGAUUUGGAUUCAGGGAUUUUGUAAAAAAAAAAAAAAAAAAAAAUUAAAAAAAUAAAUAAAUUCUGCAUUUUGUUUCUCCCACCAAUCAGUGAGCAGGAUCAGCCGCGAGAAUUCAGGCGUGGGUGACGUCAUUUCUUAUCACAUUUGUACAGGGUGUAGAAGUUAAAUGUGGGGAAAUUGUUGCACCCAAUGAUUAGAUUAAAUCAGGAUUUAGUUUAUUUUUUAGCUAAUCCCUCGUUGGCAUCUAUGUUUUCAGUUUUCCUCGUGAGUGUCGUCAGAUUCCCACAGCUCUGAUUAGAGUGAAUCGCACCUCUUGUGCAAUAAUAAGUGCAGUUAUAGGAAUAAAUGAAAUGUGCCAUACCAUAAAAUUAUCCUCCUGACAAAAUACAUGUUGAAUGAAGGUAGAAUCGUGUAUAGAUUAUGGUGCUGUGCCUAUGACAAAGAUAUAUCUGGACAUGAAUAACGAGAGUAAGUUUCACGAUGUCACCUUCCAGAACAUUUUCAGCCUAAAAGCUGUUCGGUCUUUAUGAAUGAAGAAAUCUGCGUUUAUCGGGUGUAAGUGUAGCAUUGGUGGAAUUUCAAGGCAUAAACAUUACUUGGUUUGCAUCUUGACUGUCUGUGUCGUCAUAAAUUCUGAAUAGUAGUGUCUCGAACCUGAGGGACUUAAAUCUCUGAUGGUUUUGUUGGUGCGAUUGUUGACGGCUGCAGCUCCGGGUCUAGUUUGUCAGACUAGAUUUUACUGUCGUCCUGGUAAAAGAAAUUGCACUUGUGCCCUCCUCCUCCUCACUGAACGUCAUAGUACAGAAAACAUCUUCACCUGCCUGCAAGAACAAAAUAAAGGGGGAUUACGUUUACAUCUUUGACUUUCCUUAGACAUAGUGGUGGACGUAGUGGUUAGCAUUGGCCGUGAUUGUCAGUUUGAGUUUAAGAAUAGUGGGACGACCACAGACAUGAAACUACAGUAGUGUUCCCUUUUAUUUGUUUUUGUACCAGUAAGCUGCCUUCCUCUGUUUCCCACACUUUUCUUGAGUAGCAAAUGUUGAGUUGCGCUAUGUUUUACUAAAAUCUGUGGGAGAAGAAUGAAUAGCCAAAACUAUAUCUUAUAAAAGAAAGCACUUUGUUGAGUAUUGUAGUUGAUUUCAGCACGUUAUCGGAUAAAGGAACGCCACGUUCCCGAGACCGGCAGGACUGUGCUCGUCUUUACAAGUUUAUUGUAACAUUGAUUCAAAGCAAUAAAGUGAGCUCAAGUUUUUUUAGUGAGGUGUUGAUGUAGUUAGCGGGUAAAAAAAAAAAGAAAAAAACAUUACUUAAGAUAAGUGUGUUUCUUGAAAUAAGCACCAAGGGGUUUUGAAAUGUAGUGCUUGUUCAUUCAGUUGGUGUCUGCAGUAACAUGAUAAAAGGGCUGGACGAGGUUCACGGAUUGUCCCUGAAUUUAUUUUCUCACAUGAAUGACUAAAUUAUAUUUUUUUUAAGUAAUGAGUGAGUACACUGGGAUUUUUUUAUGUACCGACCAUCAGCUCUAGAAAUUAUCUUUAGAGAUUCUUUUUUUUUUUUUACCGCAGAUGUCUACACUGCACAUGGCGACAUUUUGGCAUUCAUAAAUAGUGCAACUUCAAUGGUUUUCUUGUCUUUUCCAUCUUUGAAUUGUUGGUGCUUCAUUUAUGGAUUACUCAAUCAGUUUACACUUCCUGUCC